GGCUCCGCGCGCUUUACGCGCCAGCUUUGGCCUUAGCCCGCGAGCAACGGGGUCGCGACAGACAAUGGAAAGCAGCGACGGGGAAGCCAUCGACAAGCGCCGCGUCCACCUGCGCCCUGUUACGCUGCGCGAUCCCGCCCCCGUCUUGCUGCACCUUCUGCCCUGCGAAGUUCUGGUUAACCGGCCCGCCCCCGUGGGGCUCUUCUUCACCCCGGCCAUCCGCCAGGGUCCCGACGGACUGCAAGUGUCGUUCCGGGGCCGCAGUCUACGCGGCGAGGAGGUGGUGGUGCCGCCCGGCCUCGUGGGAUAUGUGAUGACAGAAGAGAAGGGAGAGGUGUUGCUGGGGAAGCAGGACUUCUCGGAGGGUUUGCAGGAUGACGAGCAAGAGGAGCAGGAACUGGUGGAGCCCCCGGAGGCGCUGGAGCGUGACUUCGACCGCUUUAUCGGAGCCACAGCCAGUUUCAGCAGCUUCACCCUGUGGGGCCUGGAGACUAUCCCCGGUCCCGAUGCCAGAGUGCGUGGGGCCCUAACCUGGCCCAGCCUCGCUGCAGCGAUUCACGCACAGGUACCCGAGGACUGAGAACCAGAGCUUGAAAUUGAAAGCCACCGAUCCCUUCACCCCAGUAAACCCUUCUUCACUUUGGAGCCUGAUUCCAUCACCCCAAUAAAGGAGCUCGUCACAGAACACCUGUAA